AAAUAUGGAAUCGGAGGAAAUAAUACAACCAUAAAAUCUGAGAUGGAGAUGAUCGUUUCUGGGUGUUGGGGCUUGUGGAACGAAAGGAAUCAAAGAGUUUGGAGCAGGGUUCAGACGGAUGGAUGGCAAGUGAUGGAGAAAACCCGAAUUUUUGUGGAAAUUGGGCUAAGGUGCAGCGACAUGCGUUAUUUUCUGGGAGCAGAUCUGGCGAGGUUAUUUGUAGGUGGCAGCGACCGGUUGAAGGGUGGAGGAAGAUCAACGCUGACGCUUCGACCGGAGGAGAGAGCUGCGGCUUUGGUUGGGUUGCUCGUGUCUGUUAUGGUUCUUUUGUUGCAGGAGAAAGCAUAAAGCGUAGGGGUCACAUGACUGAUGACUCCUUUAGAAGCUGAGCUAAUGGGCUUAAGGGAGGUUCUGAGUUGGCUAAAGAAACAACAAUGAGAUUUCAUUGACGUGGAAUCUGAUUCUUAGCUAUCAGUGAAAUUCGAAAUGACUCCGGGUGAUCCGAAAGUUGUGUUUGUUUUUCAGUUCCCUAUCCUUUUAUUAUUAAUGUAUUGAAAAAUGAUUGGAUGAAUAGCAAUUGAUUUAAUUCUCUCAAGAAAAUACAACCAUAAAAUAUGAGAAGGAAUCCUCCGAAGUGAGGAAGACCAUACAUGUUUUUGGGAGGAAGUGGUUAUUCCUAACAAACGUUGUUUGUAUUUCGAAACAUGUACAGCAAUCAUGUGGCUGGUAUUCAUUUCGUUCGUAUUUUGAAAAAAAGCAUGUACGCACAUGACUUUUUGGGACGAAUCUCAACCACUCGAUUCAAGAAACAGGUUAAAAUUGUUUGAAUAUUUUCCGGCGGAUGGGAAUUGAGUCGGUUGACCUAACUUAGACACCUGUCCUCGUCGUCUGGUGCGCACAAAUCUGCACAUUUCUUUCACCUUCUCCACUGUUUCUUUCCUUCUCCGUCUACGCACUUCACCAGCUUUUCCAAGAAAAUCUUUGCUCUUCAUCAUUAGCCCAGAAGAAAGAAAGGGCUCCCCAGUCCCCAUUGUUUGGGAUUGUGGAUCAGAUUCCCUUUCGUGAGUUGGUGGUAGAGACUAGAGACGCUGAAUGAUGUUGGGUCUGGGUAGAUUCAUGGAAGAAGCUGAUAAUUGAGCAGAAGGUUUCUGAGAGACAGAUUUGAUUACAGAAGUCAAGGAGAAUGAGAACGUUAUGUGAUGCUUGCGAGAGCGCCGCCGCCAUACUCUUCUGCGCCGCCGACGAGGCUGCUCUUUGUCGUGCUUGCGAUGAAAAAGUCCAUAUGUGUAACAAGCUUGCCAGUCGACAUGUACGAGUUGGGCUUGCUGAUCCCAACAAAGUCUCACGCUGUGAUAUAUGCGAAAAUGCACCUGCUUUCUUUUACUGUGAGAUAGAUGGAAGUUCACUAUGUUUGCAAUGUGAUAUGAUUGUUCAUGUUGGUGGAAAAAGAACACAUGGAAGAUAUCUUCUUGUAAGGCAGAGAGUCGAGUUUCCUGGGGAUAAAUCUGGACCACUAGACGAGCCAGUAGCGCAACCUACUGACAGAAAUGAGCCAAAGUGGGAGCCAAACCACCCCUUCAAGAUGAAAGAUAGCGCACCAAGUGCCGAUUUUCUUGACAAAAAUGCUGAAGUCGGCAGAAAAACGGAGAACAAAUUGAUUGAUCUCAAUGCUAGACCUAAUAGAAUGCAUGGUCAAGCUUCUGCUAACCAUCAGGGACCCGGAAUUGGUGGCCUUACUGAUAACAAUCACGAGUCAGACCGUGUAAUCCAUAUUGGAUCAGUUAAAAGAGAGUCAUAAAAGUGGUUUUGGCAUACUCUGACUGCCCUGGAAUGGAUAGCUGCAGGAUUAAAGGGAAAAGAUUUAAGUAUGAUAAGUGAUACACAAUGCAGCUACAUUCAGAUUUGAAAAUGUACGAAAAAACUUGGAUUAACAGCUCUUUGUUGCCAGUUGCCACCUCUGGUUCCUGAGAAAUAAUGAUGACUCAUAUGUUCAAUUUAAAAUUAUUAGCAACACAAACAUUUAAAGUAGUUUUGCAAGCUCAAGAAAAAUUCAAUCUUCACCGAGUCUUCGAUCUCUGAGCAUUGUAGAUUCAAAACCGUGUGCUUUCCUCCAAUAUGUAAGACAAAAGUUACAGAUGGUGAUAUUGUUGCAUACUUGCAUGUUACUAUAUAGUUUUGGGAUAAAUUGUGUUUAGUUAUAUC